AUGGACGACCCCCGCGGGUCUCGAGUUUCGCUCUCUGCAGGCCCCCCCGUUUCGCGCUCCGAAGGCCUGCUCGUCGCGCCCGUUGCGCCCUCCCCGUCGCGCCCGUCCGCCCUGUCCGUCCGUCACGCCCUGCGCGCCCUUCCCGUCCGUCGCGCCCCCGCUGCGUGCCGUCCCGUCCCUUCACGCGUCGCCUGCCUCGCCCCGUUCCGUCACGACCGCAGCAGCAGCAGUGCGCAGCUGCGUACAACCGUGCGCACCCGCGCACGGUCUACGUCGUGGACUGAACGGGUUCGCGCGAUAGGGAGGGAGAGGGGGAGAGAGAGAGAGAGAGAGAGAGAGAGAGAGAGAGAGAGAGAGAGAGAGAGAGAGAGAGAGAGAGAGAGAGAGAGAGAGAGAGAGAGAGAGAGAGAGAGAGAGAGAGAGAGAAUGAGUGGAUUGCUUUGUUAG